AUGCCCAGAAGAGGCACGCUCAAGCGUAGCGAGCACGCAUGCACGAGCGUUCACAUUCCCAAAUUAGUAGCGAAGGCUACCUGCAAGAUACUCAGUGGCAAAUGCCUCUUGACUCUGAGGAGGGCCGCAGUAGACCCAUUCAAUCAUUACAAGCCAGGACACCAUCUCAUUAGUGGGCUCUUCUCUGCAACCAAUCUUGCUAACAUUCAGCCAUUUAGUUUCAACAGGAGUCCCUCUGCAAAAUUUGAUGGGGAAGGAGAUGUGAUGUACUGGAAAAUUCUGUCCUUCCUUUUUGCCAUUCAGGAGAUCAACAAAGAUUCCCACCUCUUACCCAACAUCACUCUGGGAUACAGUCUCCAAGACAACUUUAGAAGCAGACGAAUGACUUUGGAUGGUCUGUUGGACCUGCUGUCAACCGGAGAGGCCAAUGUUCCCAACUACAGUUGUGGAAGGAAGAAAAACGUGCUGGUUCUCCUGGAAGAGGCUGAUUCUGACAUAUCCAUCCACAUUGCUGCUAUAUUGGGCAUAUACAAAAUAGCACAGCUCCACCCUUUCCUGAAGAACCCCCAGAUCUACAAUAACACCAUGGACGGAAUGUAUGCAGACGGAAAUGGAAAUUUGAUGGCUGACUUUGACAUCCUGAGCUGGAUGUGGUUUCCUAAUAGGUCAGCCACCAGAGUGAAAUUUGGAACUCUAGCAAGAGGGGAAACUGCAAGCGUCAAAUUCAGCAUUAACAAGGAAGCCAUUGUGUGGUCCAAAUGGAACAAACAGCCCUGGCCAUAUUCUCAGUGUGUGGAGUCUUGUCAACCCGGAUACUUCAAGGUGGUCCAGGAGGAAAAACCAAGUUGCUGUUAUGACUGCAUCCCCUGUGCAGAAGGGAGCAUCUCCACUCAAGAAGAUGCAGACCACUGUACCAGAUGUCCAGAAGAUCAACAUCAGAACAAGAACCGAGACCAAUGUAUCCCCAAAAUCAUCACCUUCUUGUCAUAUCAGGAGAAUUUGGGGGUCAUCCUUACCUCCUUUUCCCUCUUCUUAAUCUUAACCUCCAGUUUUGUUUUGGGAAUCUUCAGUAAAUACCGAGAAACUCCCAUCGUCAAGGCCAAUAACCAGGAUCUCUCCUAUAUUCUCCUGGUCUCCCUACUGCUUUCUUUCUGCGCUUCCUUCCUUUUCAUUGGUCGGCCAAGGAGGGCCACUUGCCUUCUUCGACAAACAGUCUUCAGCAUCGUCUUCUCAGUUGCCGUCUCUUCUGUCUUGGCCAAAACAAUCAUGGUGGUGCUGGCCUUCCUAGCUACAAAGCCAGGGAACAGAGUGAGGAGAUGGUUGGGGAAAAGUUUGGCCAAUUCCAUCAUCCUUUCCUGUUCUAGCAUCCAGGUCAUCCUUUGUUCCAUCUGGUUAGGAAUCUGUCCCCCAUUCCCUGGUUCUGACAUGCAUUCACAAUCUGGGGAGAUCAUCCUGCAGUGCAAUGAAGGCUCCACUGUUAUGUUUUACAUUGCUCUCACUUACAUGGGCUUCCUGGCCACCAUCUGUUUCAUGGUGGCUUUCCUAGCUAGGAACCUCCCAGGGGCCUUCAACGAAGCCAAGUUGAUCACUUUCAGCAUGCUGGUCUUUUGCAGCGUCUGGAUAUCCUUUGUGCCCACCUACCUAAGCACCAAGGGAAAGUAUAUGGUGGCAGUGCAGGUCUUCUCCAUCUUGGCUUCCAGUGCUGGUCUGCUGGGAUGUAUCUUCAUCCCCAAGUGCUACAUUAUUUUACUAAGACCAGAUCUAAAUACAAAAGAGCAGCUAAUAUUGAAAAAUGAAUCGGGAAACUGAUUCUGAUGCAAUUUUCUUAACAGUGUAAUUCCCACCCAGUGUUUUAGAUCAUUAAUUAUUUUUCAGGGAAAUGGCUGCCCUUUCUAGGUGAUUAUAUAUAGAGGAAUCCCUUACCCAAAAGCUGAACAAUUACUAUAGUACAACUUUAUAAGGCCUUGGUAAGGCCACACUUGGAAUAAUGCAUCCAGUUUGAGUUGCCAUGAUAUAAAUAAGAUGUUGAGACUCUAGAAAGAGUGCAGAGAAGAGCAACAAAUAUGAUUAGGGGACUGGAGGCUAAAACCUAUGAAGAACGGUUGCAGGAACUGGAUAUGUCUAGUUUAAUGAAAAGAAGGACUAUAGGAGACAUGAUAGCAGUCUUCCAAUAUCUCAGGGGCUGCCGCAAAGA